GCGUGCUAGUCAACGGGUGGGAAUACAAUGGCCUCCGCAAAGAACACAUCCACAAGCGCUGGACCAUCUGCCCCGGGGAGGGACGACCUAUACAGCAACCUACUCCUCCGUAUAUGCACGCAAAGGGAGCACAAUGAUUUUUGGACUUCGUUGUUCAGGGGGACCUUUUUGGGCUAGUUGUUUUCAUGCGACCCACUUGCGUUAUAGACGCUGGGGGAGCGGUCAACGUUGUUCCUCUCAGUACCAUCAUCUCGUGCGCGAAGACUUCUGGAGGUUUGCUCAAGUUGCACACUAACGGCUUGUACGACGAGUGCAGACUGGCUAUCAGAGGUGUUAAAGGUGUGAUAGUGACCAUCAAGCGUUUCGCGGGGUACGGCUCGAACAUGUCGUUAUGCUCUCAUUUCAAAGGCCUUUACGAUGGCGGUAGCAAGCGUCUUCCAUCGCCAGAGCAAUAUCUCGAUCUCGCGCUGAGGGCCGAAAAAGAACGUCCGGUUCUUCCACCAGAGCAUGUUUUCCGGCUUCUGCCACCCCGUGAGGGGUCGUCCGGCUCGGCUCAAGAAACUCCAGGUACGGCAGUGGGGCGCAGGAGUCCGAUUCAAGACGCAGGGGGUCGGGUCAAGGGACGCAGCGUUCACACGCAGGUCAGCCCGGAUGCUCCUGGGAACAAGUCGGACUUGCAUUCUCAGGGUACAGGGACUCAACGGGUCGGUACUCUGAAAAUUAUCAUGGUUCGUUGCGGCGGCGAUACGUAUUCGCUUCGAGAUGAGACGACAAGAGAUUCAAGCAGAUCGCGGCAAGAUGUCGGAAGGAAUGAGGCUGAAGGGAUGGGUGCUGUCCGCGAAAGCUCUGGCGGGGAGCAGACUCCCUCGGAGAAGAAGAGCGAGCGACAGAGGAUGGUGCGAGAGGAGGUGGCGGAAGGAACCCUCCGCAUGAAGAGGAUGAGAGGAAAAUUGGAGGCGGUGAUGGGCGGGGAUGGAGGUGACGUCGGAGAACGUGCCUCGGGAAGGAGGCCGCCGAAGGAAGAGGGUGGGACGACAAGUAAGAAAGCGAGGAGGCCAAGCGGUUUGACCAUCCGCGAAGGACAAGCCGUGGGUGGAGGAGAUUCGGUUAAUCCAGGCGCUGCGGCCGCGAGAGAACCUUCGGGGAAAUCGAAACGGAAAGUGGCAGUUGAAGAAGGCGAUGGACAGAAGAAACCUCGAAGGCGGAAGACUGUCAGUCUCAACGAGAACACGAGACACAAAAUGUCUAAGCAGAGAUCGCAGAAGGCCGCGUUCUUGGACAUGCGGGAGGCAUGGGAGAAAGAAGGAAGGCCGAUGGCCAUUCAAGGGAACCCUUCCGGCAAGGAGGCCGAAAAACGAAAGUUUUUCGAAUUCCAAAAGUUGAUUUUGGGAAAGAGUCCGAAUGAAUCUCACUGGGCAUUGGCGGAAAAAGAUUUGUCGCUUGCUGACAAGGAGUAUGUCGCUGCCGUUGGCAAUGCAUUGAGGCACUGGAUGCCGCUCGUGACGGCCGGUGAUGACGUUUUCCGCAAAGCCAUGGAGUUCUACGCGAAAUGGGCGGAGGGGAAGUUGUUGGGCGGCGACGGCAAGACGCCAUUGUCGAGGCCAGGCAAAUACAUGCCUUACAAAUCUCUGGGUCUGAAAGCAAUUCCGGAAAUGGGCUCGAAAGGGGCGGCUGGUGAAACGAAGAUGGGGUGGCAGGUCCAGGUCCCGCCGCCUCCGACCAAAAAUAAAACGCAAGCGGACGACAAGUUUUUCGUGGUUGUGAAGGAGCCAGACAUGUUCUGUUGGCAGUGUCUCGCCGACAUGACCGAUGUCGAGAAACUGUCGAUCCUUGACGACAUUCUCGCGCUAAGGGGAAUGUUCGUGCAAUCCGCGGACGGCCAUCUGAAGCGUCAGCAUAAACCAGGAACUUAAGACAUGGUCGCGACGAGGAAAGUGGACCGUGUGAUGCUCCGUAUGUUCCACUACAUCUUGUUCCUUGAAGCGGAGGAGAAUGAACGUGUUUGGCGCCA